ACUUGCUAGGGAUGCACAGUUUCUGAUUGAAUACAGAAUCUGAUUUAAGCUGUUUUGCUAUCUUGUUUUGUGAUGUCAUGUAUCCUUUUCUAUUUGCAGAUCUGACAAUGCAUCGAAGCUACACCAAUUAGUCUUGUGCAUUAAUGGAGACAGUCCCUAAUGAAUUGAAGACACCAAGCAAGAUUGGAGAUAGACCAACCAGUGAUGUUGUCGUAAGACUUAGAACACAGGAUGGCCGUGAUGAUUGGCUUUACUGUCAUUCACAUAUUCUCGUUGAAGAGAGUAAAUAUUUUGCUGAUCGGUUAUCAGAUAGUUGGCCGACAUGUCAGAUUCUGGAUUCACGCAAUUGUGUUGAGGUUUACUGUGAAGAACCUGAUCUGGACUCCCAUGUCAAUGUCCUUCGACUCUUUUAUGUCAUUGCGGAUGGCUUAAUGAUGGAAAUUUGCCAUGGUGUCAAGAAUGCACUUGGCAUUUUGCGAGUUGCUGUCAAACUUGGAUGCCCAAGAAUUAUUGCAGUAUGUGUGGAUUAUUUGGAAGCAGUCCCUUGGGAGGAAGCUGAAGAGGAGGAGAUAUUAAAUACUAUACCAAGCAUGGGAUCUAAGGUGGAACCAGUACUUGCUCGCCUCCAACCAGUCAAUCCUACUGCAGUAAUGAAGAUUUUUCUUUCAGCCCUUCAAUUUGCUACGUCAUCACCUCCUUCACCUUUGAAUGAUCUGAAAAACACUGCUCAAGAACAGCUUGAAUACAUGCUUACCGAGGACGAUGAUGCUCCUUUACUGAGCGCUGAUGAAGAGAUAAAGCUAGAAGUCAUGCGAUGUGUCAAGAAGCUGCUUGAUAGAUUUAACAGCAUUGUAGAAUCUCUACUAUGUGACCUCCAAGAAUCGAUUUCAGAUUCUGGGAAAAUGCAAUCGUUGCAUUCUUGUUUGACAGAUUUGUUAUGGGCAUGUCAGAUAUUAGGAAAGUUGGAGAUUAUCAGAGAUUUUGUUUGCAGCUGGACGGAGUUGUCAGUGAAGCUAGUAACCAUCGUUCAACAAAAAGAUGGAGAAAAUCAAAUUCUGAAGACAAAGCUGAAGGUUCUUGAGGUGACUGCAAAAGUAUUAGAGGCAAUAGGCUAUGGCAUAGUUGUGUUACCUACAGUAAAACGACUUCACAUGGUGAAGCUCUGGCUUCCUUUUGUCCGGACGAUGAAGCCUUUAGUCGAUUCUGUCUCCGAGGAAACUGAGGAUGAUCUCACACUAAAAUUCGAUAGUGAGAUCUGGCAAUCUUUGGAGUCAGCAUUUGUUGCUAUUAUACUUACAUUGUCAUCAGUUGAUCAGACAGACAUUUUAACAGAGUGGUUGGAAAAUCAACAGAUUCGAUAUCCAGACCUCACCGAGGCAUUUGAAGUUUGGUGUUACAGGUCCAAGGUAGCUAAGCGAAGGCUGGCAACACUUGGGGAAGAACACAAUACAGCUAAGGCAGUAUGACUUCUCUCUUAUUUUGCCAAUUCUAGGAUUUAGCUAUCCUCCUUUUCGCGUCACUGAUUAUAUGCUGAAAACUUUCUUUUAUUCUUUCGAGUUAUAACCUAGCUGAAUUGGUAAGACAUCUUAAAAUGGCCUAGCUUCUGUAAAGUGACCUCUAUUUUUGUUCCCCCUCCAUGUUUUCAUGCUUAU